UCAGCUUCUCGCAUGCGUAAUUUGUAAGUGUGAACCUCGGGCAGGUGGGAGAAGCUGCUACCCCAGCUUCACGAGCUUUCGGACCAAGGUUUGCGGUUGUGUGGAUUCUCGCUGGAGGUUUCUGUCGGGAGGCGGGUCCUGAGACCAGGUAGGUCCUGACAAAUCAAGCAAUGCCCUUGAUGAGCACCUGGGGUUGGUUUCGUUCUCCUGAACUACUGGCCAGAAUAUGCACCAAGACUCAGGGAUUCGGGCUUCAAGAGAAGUUGGCACUGCUCUCACCGGGAAUGGCUGCCUUUAUGGUACAGAUAGCAGGCAAAAAAGACUUCCCUGCUCUGCUUCCCCUGAAUGAAAAUGAACUUGAAGAGCAGUCUGUGAAAGGACAUGGUCCAGGGGGCCAAGCCACCAACAAAACCAACAAUUGUGUAGUGCUGAAGCAUGUGCCUUCAGGCAUUGUAGUUAAGUGCCAUCAAACACGAUCUGUCAAUCAGAACAGAAAGCUAGCUCGGAAAAUUCUACAGGAGAAAGUGGAUGUUUUCUACAAUGGUGAAAAGAGUGCUGUUUACAAAGAGAGACAAGAGGCACAAAAGAAAAAGCAAGAGAGGAAAAAGCGAGCAAAGGAAACUCUAGAAAAAAAGAAAGUAUUAAAAGAACUAUGGGAAUCAAGUAAAAAUGUCACUGAGGAAAGAACUGCUGAUUCUGACAGAAUGUACUGCACAGCUUACAAGGAAUAAUGGAGGGCUGCCCAUCACCAGCAUUGGAACAGAACUUCCAAAGAAAUUCUGAAAACUAGGCAAGGUGGUACACACUUGAAAUCCUAGAACUAGAGUGCACUGAGGCAGGAGGAUUACUGCAAGCUCAAGACCAGCCUGGACUACAUAGUGAUUUUCUAGCCAGUCUUGGCUAUAUAGUGAGACCCUAUCUCAAAAAAAUAAAACCGGGCUGGAGAGA